UAUAAAAUGGCGGCCACACAGCAGUUGCGUUUAUAUAGUUCAAACAUGGAUAUUUUCAGCUGUUCGUUCUCAAUUUAGAUUCUCGAGCAGGGUAAUAAUCCACGAGUUACUUGUUGAAACGGUGGAGGCAAAAAAAAAUGCAGGAAGCAAUGUUGAGAAAUCUCCAGGCCUUAUCCAAAAGGUCCUUGGAUGUCAGCUUUGACCUGGACAAUACCAAAUAUACACCAAUAGAAAACAUUGGCUCUGGGGCAUAUGGUGUUGUGUGUUCUGCUGUUGACAAGAAAACAUUAGAUAAAGUAGCUAUCAAGAAAAUACCAAAUACAUUUGAUGUGUUAGUGACAGCAAAGAGGACUUAUCGAGAGUUAAAAAUAUUGAAACAUUUUAAGCAUGAUAAUGUAAUAACUAUAAAAGACAUUUUAAAACCAACGGAUCCUUUGCAAGCUUUCAAAGAUGUCUAUGUGGUUCUGGACCUAAUGGAAAGUGAUCUUCAUCAAAUAAUCCACUCACAGCAACCACUCACAGAUGAACAUUGUCGCUAUUUCCUUUACCAGAUCUUACGUGGACUCAAGUACAUACACUCAGCAAAUGUCAUCCAUCGUGACUUAAAACCCAGCAACUUACUUGUGAAUGAAAACUGUGAUUUAAAAAUUGGCGAUUUUGGGAUGGCACGAGGUGUGAUGCAGACGAGCAGUUCAGAUGAAGCAAAUAAAGUGUUCAUGACGACGUACGUAGCGACAAGGUGGUACAGAGCUCCAGAAUUAUUGUGUUACUCAGAUGACUAUAGCCAAGCUGUUGAUAUAUGGUCAGUUGGGUGCAUUUUUGCAGAAAUGUUAGAUCGAAAACAUCUGUUCAGAGGAAAGAAUUUUGUUCAUCAGAUGGAUUUAAUCACAGACAUUCUUGGCCAACCACCAGACUGUGUCUUAGAUAUGAUAACUAGUGAUCAAGUUAAGAACUAUUUCAGGAGGAAGUACAGAAAUAAAUUACCGUUGCCAUGGAAAUUGAAGAUUCCAAAAGCUAAUAAUGAUGCACUUGAUCUUCUGACAAAAAUGACAAUGUUUGAUCCAAAGUUGAGAAUAACUGCGGAGGAAGCAUUAAAACAUCCUUAUUUAUCAGAAUACCACUCACCCGACUCAGAACCUAUAUGCUUUCCAAAAUUUGAUUUUAGUUUUGAGAAACAAGUAAUGACCAAAGAUUCAAUAAAACAGGCUAUUGUCGAUCUUAUCACAGAAUUCCAUCAGCCCAAAAAAACUCGAAGCAUACCGUUAGAACUGUUCUUGAAACCAGCACCUAAACCUGAUGCAAGCAUUGCUAAAAAAGUGCCAUUGGAUGAGUCAAAUAAACAUGGGGAUGAUAAGAAAGAUUUAUCUACAAGUGAUUUGUUGCAGUCACAGUGGCAAAGUCUACUGCAAUUCAGUAAAGAUCAAAAAGAAAAGGUCAAUGAUUCUGUGGAAACUGGAAAUCUUGGUAAAGGAACCCAAGUCAAUGUAUUCAAAGUCCCAGAGACAUCAUCUAAGAUGGCUUCCCUAGUUAUGAAGGAUGAAGAGAUCUCUUCGCAGACUCAUUUGCUCAUGCCAAAAAUAGAAACUGGAAUUAGAGAUGUGGGGUCGGUAAAUUGCGAUAUUGUGAUGAAAAGUGCUUCGUUGUUAUGUGAUAAGGAGGAAACAGUCACCAUGACAGCCAAAGAGCAAAACUCUUUAGAUAUGCCCACAACAGAUGUACUCAUGGUGAGUGCCACUGGAGAGGGUCCUAAAACCAACCUCGGGCAAAAGGAUUUGGUAUCCAUGGAAACAAAGGAGAAUGAUGAAAAGCCUGGUGAUUUGGCUGGAAGGCAGAAAACUAUUUCCAUGGAUACAAAGGCUCUUAUUAAAGCUGCAUUGUUGAACUCUGCGAUGAGAAAUAAGAAAGGUCAAACAGAUGUCUCAUCCAGCAGCAACCAGAGUAAAGGGGGUGGGAAAAUGCCAGUUACUGCAUUGUCUAGACAACGAGAACGAGAGGAAAAGCGUAAGCAAAAGCUUCAUAAAUCUUUAGAAAGACAAAAAAAAUUGAAGGACAAGAAGAAAGCCAAAGAAGAGGAGGAAGGUUUGCUGCUAACUGACAGUGAUAAAAAGUUGCUAGAGAGAUGGAAUACUAUGCAGGCCACGACAAAGCCAUUUGUUCAUCCAAUUAGAAACCACAUCAAAGAUUUAGAAGAGUUAAAGGCAUCUAAAACCACAGGGCAUUCAAAGAACAAUGAAACACUUGGGGAAGUCAGUGUCCUGAAAGUAAAAAUGUUACAAAACGGUCUCUCAUAUAUGAGAGAGUCCUUACACAUUCAGGAAUCUAAUGGACAAGUUGGUAUACACCUCCCAGUAACUAGUCUUAACCACUCUGUGACCACAAUUAACCAGCCUAUCACCAGUGAGAACCAGUCAACUGAUAUUGCCCAACAUACUUUUUUUAAUCCCCAGUCGGAAGUUUUAGAAUUAUCAACUGGCAGUCAACUCACAAAUUCACCAUCCCUCGAUAAGCAGGUUACCACUGCAACCAGUGUUUCAAACCAGUCGUCAAUCGACUCAACUUUUAGUAUGAAGGCGAAAGAGGAAAGGAUGGACCAACAAAUAGAUGUGUUGGGACUCAAGAAUGUGGAUCAGGGCUCUCAGUUGCAUUAUGAUUUCUUAGGAAGUUUUCAGAGUGAAUCUCAAACUACAACAAUCUCACCUGACGAUUCAUCUGUGGCACCCUCACAGCUUUUAAGUUCCGUAGAUCCACAAUCAGUGUCGGUGAACUCUGUUACUUCAAUUCCUUCCAAUCUAACAUCACUUCCCUUGAAUGUAGGUGGUGAGUCCACUGUUGAAUAUAGAACACCCACAGAACGAGACACCCCAUCACCACCAACUAAUCUUCACUCCCCACCAACAUACAGCGCUGCCAUUGAAGCUAAGCUUUCCCAGAGUCUAGCGUUUACUGAUGCAGCUGAACAUUGUCAAGAAAGUUUACAUGUUGGAGUCCUCACAAGCAACACAGAUCUGUAUCCCAGACAACAUAAUACUAGUCAGUCCAGUAAUCAAGUACCACAUCCUCAGGAUCUUAAUACAAAAGCAGCCAACUCUCCUCCAGAUGUAGCCAUGGUUACCAAACAGCUGUCUAGAUCUAUGAUGGAGGAUACAUUACCACCACUGCUACAGCUGACUCCAAAAGGAGAUGGCAGUGGGUAUGGGUUAGGAUUUGACUUUGAUGAGUUAUUAUCUCAAUCACUGGUUGGCGUUCCAUCAAUGCCAGUUGUCCAGGAAGAACCAGUUGCUAAACGAAGUUUCAAGCCUGAUUCAGCACCACUUUCGGCGUCAUUGAUUGCCGAUUGGUUAGAUGUACGACAUUUAGACCAGGCUGAGAUGACAGCGCUACAACAAGAAUUAGGAAUCACUUCACCAGUAACAUUAGGAGCCGACUUUACUGCCAACCAAUGA